AGACUUUUCAGUCAAGUUGGACAAAUGUCGGGUGUUGCUGGUGGAGGAACUAAGAAAAGUAGCAGUAGAUCAGUAGCGACAAAGACUCUUAUCAUACAGGAGUACAAACGGCGGUUACGCGACAACAUACGAUCUCUCAAUGAUAAUUUCAUCAACAUCCUCAAUGCUACAAAGAUCAACACAGAUGACGCGGCUCAUAAAAAUAGUUCCGGAAAGAUGACAGAGUACUACACGAUAAAGAACGAAAUGGCUGCACGAGCUGCUCUAAUCGUGAGAGCGUGUGAUGAAUUGCUGAAGUUGACCAAUGACUUGAAGGAAUUUCUCAUUUUGCACGACUUCAACUUCUUGACGCACGCUAUAAAAUCUGCGGAGGAAGAAUGUGACAAGAAGAUGAAGGCACAAAUACAAAAACACAAUGCUCUACGAUUAGAUGUGUCGAAUCUGCUCACUGAUAUGGAUAAAGAAAUAAUGGAGCAUUUUACUUUUCGUCAUUAGUGUAAUUACUUCUCUUUUUUCGGGUACUUUCAACUGGUGCAAGUUUUUCAAGUGUAUUAGUCACAGUUUUCAUGAAUACGUUUGUUACC